AUGUCGAAAACAACAACGCGAAUGUCAUGGCAGUAUGAAACAGAUUUAAAUGAAGACAAUCUACGGAGGUCAGUUCAAGCUUCAACCAAGGCUACGUUGUUCUUUAUUGAAGGUAGUAAUAAUGCAACAGCUGUACUUGCAAUGCCUGGUCUAUCCAAGGAUAUCACAAGACAGUUAAUGCUUAUCAGUCGUAGUGCUUCGCCUAAAGCAGAAGAUAAACUACGACUUCUUAACGAACUUCAGGCAAAGAUGACGGGAAUUUAUAGCAAGGGAAAAGUGUAUUAUUUAGAUAAACAAACAAGGAAACCCCAAUAUCUUGAACUUGAACCUGGUUUGAUCAACUUUAUGGCAAAGUCAAGAGAUUAUAAUAAACUAUUAUUUGCUUGGCAAGGUUGGCGAGACGCUGUUGGUCCAAGAAUGAAGCCUUUGUAUGAAGAAUUUGUAAAGAUUGUCAAUUUAGGAGCCCGCGAGCAUGAUUGGGUGGAUAACGGUUACUUCGAGCGUUCUCAUUAUGAACUUGGAUCUAAUUUCAAACCAACACUAAACAAAGCAUGGGAGGAAAUACAACCUCUGUAUGAAGAACUUCAUGCUUACGUACGUUAUAAACUCAGUUUAACUUAUAAGAAUGUCUCUGUACAUAAACCCAUACCAGCACAUGUCCUCGGUGACAUGUGGGGACAACAUUGGGAUCAUGUAUUUGAUUUGAUAAAGCCAUUUCCAAAUACAAGUACGAUUGAUGUCACGCAAAAUUUACGUGCUCAAAAUUACACCGUUCAAAAGAUGUUCGAGCUGGCGCAGUCAUUCUAUAUAUCCAUUGGCUUGGAUCCAAUGCCUUUUGCUUUUUGGAAUAUGUCGUUGUUUGAGAGACCAAAAAAUAGAAAAGUAGUUUGUCAUGCUUCAGCUUGGGAUUUCUCUGACGGGGAGGUCAGGUAAGGAAAAGUAGUGUAGGUUUUGUUAGAUCUCAUGCCAAAUUUCGGAAAUCUGAGUUCUGGUCAUGGAUGGCCUAGCCCUAUAGCCCCAUUUGCCGAGUCAUUUCCUCAACGUAUUUUGGUCCAUACGCCCGAUUCAUCAGCAUCGCAAGAAAUAUAACUGGGGUCCAGUUACAAUAUUGACUAUUCCCAUGCAAACUACAAAUAAUUUGGCCAUCCUUUUAGUUGAUUUUUUACCCUUGCCUUGCUCUACCGCAAUGCAGCACGAUUUAAGUUGUUCGUUCGAAAAAGUAAACUUAACACAAACACACCUUCAUACUACUAAUACAUGUCACAACUGUUUGCAAUGACGACUUUCAUUUUUGUCAACUACUGUAGGAUAAAGAUGUGCACAAAGAUAAGUCACAGUGACCUAAUAAUCAUACAUCAUGAAAUGGGACACUGUGCUUACUUCCUGGCAUAUAAAGAUAAACCAUUUGCAUAUCGUGGUGGAGCUAAUCCAGGAUUUCAUGAAGCUAUAGGAGACACUAUUGCACUUUCUGUAGAGAAUCCAACACAUCUUAAAGAAAUUGGUUUGCUGUACGAAGCAGAAGACACGUAUAGUAAGUGGAACCAUUGACAUUUACUGCAUGUACGUACACUUUAGGAAAUGGUGUUCCUCAUAAAAAAAAUUAAGGUGGCUCAAUACAGUUUUUAAAAAAAAUGGAGCAAAAAAAUUUAAUAUUAUGAAUAAUCACCUUUACGUAAUUCAAAAAUUUUUUGGCUCCACAGAAUUUUUUUAAAUUGUCAAAAUAAUUGAUUAUACAAAGAGAAAUCAUUUUCUAAAAUAAAAUUUGGGUCACGAUGUCGUUUACGAGUUAAAUUACUUUAAAGCCAAAAAAUCCGCCAUCUUGAACGUCAUUGUUGCCAUAGCAACGGCAGUUGCGUAAUUUUUGUGCAGAAAUUCAAACUCUUUAGAUGUUGUUUUAUAUGUCAAGUAAUAAUUGUCCAAAAAUACGCAUCUAAAUCGUGAAUUUUCCAUUUUUUUAAAAACUGUAUUGAGUCUAACUGAUGUUUCAGGUCUCGCGUGGGAGGUUACUGCAACGUUGCGUGGGAGGAAAAUUGAUGUCGAAGUUGUAUAAUGCAGAUAUACAUACAUCUUUACUCACUCAAAAAGUUACAAUAAUACGUUACAAAAAAAGAAUGCGUAUAGCUAUCUGAAAUAACCAUUUGUGGGCAAUCAAUCUAGUCAGAGAUAGCUAUUAGAACGAAAUAUAAAGAAAAGUAAUUGUUAGAACUAGUCUUGAGGAUACGUGGGUGUGUCAGGCCCCCCUCAUUUCCCCGUGGCAUCGCCAUUGACUAAGAAGAUCAGCACGAACCAAUUGACAAAAAAAUCACAUAGAUACAAAAAUAAACCAAUUAGCCUUUCUCACACCGCCAUUUUUGGGUGGCUUUUGAGCCGAAGUCUGCGAGAUAAGUCCACGAAUGAUGGUAAAUUUGCUUUAUAAAUGGUUAGUUUAUUUUGAAAAAUUGCUUUUCACAUUGUUUUAAUUGUCAGGAUUAUCUCGUCAGUGUAGAUAGCGACGAUAACAAGACGGCUGGGGAUUGAGAGAGAUAUAAUUACCUGAAAAAUACAUGCAGAUCUUCAACGUUUCCCGACGAAAGGCAUAUCAUUUCAACAAUCUCCUCUUUCAUUUUAGAAAAUUCCAUAAGCUUUCUUCUCCGACAAGCUCUUCAACGUGUUGCAUUUGUUCCGUUUGCGUUCCUGGUUGACCAAUGGCGUUGGAGAGUGUUUUCAGGCAAUAUAACGUCAGAUACGUACAACUCAGAAUGGUGGAAUCUUAGAACCCAGUACCAGGGUGUAGCUCCACCAGUGCCACGUCAUGAGAAAGAUUUCGACCCAGGUGCUAAGUUUCAUAUUGCCGCAAAUUCACCAUAUAUAAGGUACGUCUGCAUGAACGGUUAGCGUUAUUUAUGAAGUUUAUGUCAGAACCGCUCUAAAUAUCGGAAACACUGCACGACAAACCAAACCAUUAAUUUCGAGCGAGGAGUCAACCUCGUACCCAGGCAGGCCCUGGGUACGAGGUUGGCGAGGAGUUAAGCCUGGUUCACACGAUGAAAUAAGCAUAAGCAUAAGCAUAAGCAUAAGCAUAAGCAAGCGGAACCUUUGAUGUAAACAUAAGAAGAACAAAUGUUGCGUUCUUCUUAUGCUUACGUUUAUGCACAUAUUUAGGCGAUAUAACCGCGGCACAGUGGCAUGCAGUGGUUAGAAUGCUGCCCCAGAAUCGCAGAUUUGGUUUCGGUUGAAGGGCCCAAAGUUGCAUGAUGUUACACGAACCUGGCAAAUUAUCGCUUAGCUUCUCUGGUUAGAUGUAGGUUAUAUGUAUGUAUUUUUCGAAAUUUCCAUCCUUGAAUUAUUUUUAAUUAACCCAUUGAGUGCCAGCGCUCUCCCCCUGACGAAUAAAAUCGUCUGGCGUUAGACAGAGUAAAAUAAUAAAGUAGGGCGCAUCUGGACGCAUUACCACUUAAAGGGUUAAAUUAACAGGAUGCAUAGGCAGAUAGUCUGAUCAGAGUCGCAGAGACGGGGUGGGGCCAAAUUGCCCCAGGCCCCAACUUGAGAGCGAGAGUUAGUUAGAGUAGGUUCUUUAAUUAAUUAAAUUAAAUUGGUACGUAAGAGCAUUUUUGAAAUGAGGGCCCCUUACAGUAACUCCACAUGCAGUCUAGCUAAGGUCUAGUUGGGUGACUAACUUGGGUCUAGCUUAAAAAUGAUGAUGUCAUGGGGCCCCCAGAGAAGAUUUGUCCCGGGCCUCGCGAAUUCUCUCGGCGACCCUGAGUGUGAUUAACUCAUUGAGUGGCAGCGCUCUCCCCGUGAAAUAAUAAAGUGUAGGGCGCAUUGCCACUUAAAGUGUAGAAGGUGUAAUGAAUUUUAUUAGCUAUAAUUUUGUUCAUAUAUAUAUAUCAACGUUUUUCACAUUUGUAGUACCUUCCUUUACAGUUAUUUCUUCAGCCAAAUCCUGCAGUUUCAGUUCCAUCGUAGUCUAUGUAAGAUUGCACGAUCCAAGCAACCAUUACAUAAAUGUUCAAUUUAUAAAUCGAAGAAGGCUGGGAAAAAAUUUAGGUAUGUACCUAAAUCUUGAGGUUUAUCAUGGCAGUAACAAAGGCACCCAAUAUGGAAAAUACAAACUGUUAUAUAUCUCUUUUGUGGUCAUGGAUAUCUUUGCAAGUUUCAGUGCAACGUUUGUGUUUCUGAUGGUGACUCUGAAAAUAUAGUCGAAAGCUAAAAUAUUAAAAAUGUUAAUUUCAUGAGCUACCGUUGUUUUGUAUUUUUGAGCCAAACAUUCCCACGAUGUUUUAUUAUAAAUUGCUUUCUUAAAUUAAAAAAUCGAUUGCAAUGUAUAAAUUGGAGAGGGCAUAUGGAAAUGACAGAAUGAAGUGAUUGUUGAUUAAUAACACAAAUACGACAGCUAGUGACCGAAAAGACGAAUCGAGCCAUUGGUCAGUGAUCGGCCCUCAGCAUAACACUUAACAUUAUCUUGUGAAAACCCCUGUUCAGUUCACUAUGCCACCAAUCACCCAUUGAUCUGACAUAUUUGUGCAAAUAACUUAUUUACCAAGAAAUAUAGGAAUAUAAGAACAAACAGUUUUAAUUGCCAACUAUAUCAGUAUAUCAACUGUUAUUUUUUGUUAAAUUUUGCAGAGAAGUCCUGGCCGCUGGUUCAAGUUACCCCUGGCCACAAAUCCUUUACAAGUUGACAGGAGAAAGAGAGCUUCGUGUAGACGCCAUGUUGGAAUACUUUGAACCUUUACUAACAUGGUUAAAAUCUGAAAGAGAGAGAAUAAAAUAUCCAAUAGGAUGGAAAAAGUCAAAUGUACCUGUCGGGAGGAAAAGUGAGAUAGUAUCAACGGAUAUUGAUAAACCAAUCUUCUUAAAAAACAGUUCUGAUGUGGGCUUAUCAUAUGUGCGGGCAAUUAAGAAGGAAAGUAAACUGAUGCAGGCAAACAAGUCUGAUCAUAGUUCAGGGCAGAAAAGUAAAGCGGACAGUACUUCGUUUAACGUAUCUCAAAAUGGAUUAACAGCUAGCAAAGCAAAUACGCAGUCGCGAAGUGUUCUUGGACCUUUAGGCCAAACAAAGUCUUCAAUUCUUACCAGACCUGUGUUUGUGCCGUCCACUGGAAAAGAUCCUUUGACUUUA